AGAGAUGGUCAAGAAAGCGAAAUGGCUGAAGAAUGUUAAGAAGGCUUUUAGCCAAGAUUUAAAGAAACUGAAACAUAAAUCGGUUGAGUAUCAGAAUAGUGAGAUCUCUUAUCCUGUAUUGGUAGCUUCAUCCAGAAGUUCUCCUCCACAGUUUGAGGUCAGAGUUGAUAAGGUCAAACGUAAGAAGAAUCUCUUCCCUCCUCCUCCUCCUCCUCCCCCUCCUCCAGAAGAAGAAGAAGAAGAAGAAGAUGUUAUUGUAGAUUCACCUCCAUCUUCUCCUGAGUUUGUUCCUCCAGCAGCUAAACCUGAUAGGUUUCCAGGGAAGUCAAGGGAAGAAGCAGCUGCCAUGUUCAUCCAGUCUACAUUUAGGGGUCAUCUGGCAAGAAGAGAGUCCCAGGGGAUGAGGAGGUUGGCUAGACUCAAGUUACUGAUGGAAGGAACGGUUGUACAGCGGCAAGCUGCACAUACACUAAAAUGUAUGCAGACUCUCACUCGUGUACAGUCGCAGAUCCGGUCUAGGAGAAUCAGGAUGUCAGAAGAGAAUCAGGCUCGCCAUAAGCAACUUCUUCAUAAACAUGCCAAAGAGCUAGGAGCCUUGAAGAGUGGGGGUAAUUGGAACGACAGCAAUCAGUCCAAGGAGCAAAUCGAAGCAGGUUUGUUGAAUAAGUACGAGGCGACGAUGAGAAGAGAAAGGGCUUUAGCUUAUGCAUUCACACAUCAGCAACACUUGAAGGGCAACAUGAGAUCUGGAAACACGAUGUUCAUGGAUCCUAGCAACCCGACUUGGGGUUGGAGCUGGUUGGAAAGGUGGAUGGCUGACAAGCCAUGGGAGAGCUCGGAGAAAGUACAAAGCAAGAACGAAAAGUCAUCGGUUAAGACCUUGACCAACCGUAACUCUCAUGGACUAGAAACCACAAAACCUUCAACCCGUAAGAAGAUCAAUAGCUUGACUCAACCCAAUGUGCCACCAUCAUCAUCAACAUCUACCAUAAAAAACCCGAGAAAGAGUAAACCAAUCCCACCGUCCAUAAAAUCCAAAACCACAGAUGAAAUCACGAAAAGCUCCGAGAAGAACCGUAAACACAACAUCGCAAGGUCAGCGGUUAGUGAUGACGAGGGGUUAUCUAGCUCAACGGCUAGACGUCGCAACAUGGUUCCAACGAAACCAACACGAGGGAAGGUCAAGGCACAGAGCUCACCAGGCGUCGCUGCUGCCACCACCACGGCAACCACAGAGGAAAAGAAUGGUGUUGUACCUGAGAAAGCACCAGCAAAGAAACGGGUUACUCCUGCUCCCAAAGCUAGACGAUCCUCAGCCCCGCCCAAGGUUGAAAACAGUAAUCUAAAGAAAGUGAGAACGCCGAGUGACUAA